AUGACUGACGGAGAGGCGCAUGUGCAGGACCUGUGGAAGGCAUCUGACAGUUUCUGGCAGCACCAGUGGGGUCUGGUGUAUGACUUGUUUGGUGAAGAUGAACGUUUGCUGGGAGCUCUUGGUACAUUUUUGGUUCCCACGUUGGUGUUCUGGUUAGUAAACGGUUCCCUUCUGGUUGUGGAUGUGACCGGCCGCCCUGCCGCCCUGCUCAGAUACAAAAUACAGGAGGAAAAGAACGUUCCGGUGGACCCUGUAAAGCUGUGGAAAACCAUUAAGUUGGUUCUAUUCAACCAGUUUAUUGUGACUGGUCCGAUCGUCUUCAUAACUGCACCGCCCAUCCUCCACUGGCGCGGAAUGCCGUGUGGGCGGGAGCUCCCAUGGUUCCACUGGGUCGUGGUGGAGCUGAUUGUCUUUGUGCUGGUGCUGGAAGUCAUGUUCUACUAUUCUCACAGGCUCCUGCACCAGCCUGCUCUGUACAAGAGAAUUCACAAGAAGCACCAUGAGUGGACGGCCCCCAUUGGGAUUGCGGCUGUGUACUCCCAUCCUGUGGAGAACAUCCUGUCCAACCUACUUCCUGUAGCUGCAGGUCCCAUCCUGAUGGGGUCCCAUUUGGUGACCGUCUGGCUGUGGUUCUGCCUAUCUCUCACCGCCACGUCCAUCUCACACAGCGGCUACCACUUCCCCCGGCUGCCCUCCCCAGAGGCACACAACUUCCACCAUGUCAAGUUUAACCAGUGCUACGGUGUGAUGGGGGUUCUGGACCGUCUCCAUGGGACAGACGAACAGUUCCGCCACAGCAAGGCGUACGAUCGCCACAUCGUGCUGCUGGGUCUGACUCCGCUAUCCUGGUCCAUCCCAGACAAACCCAAGGCGAGCAAGGAGACCCUGGCCUGUCACAAGACGUCUUGCCAAAUGUCUAGCCAUGGCCCCAUGUCAUGUGGUCAGACUCAAGACAAUAACCAAGUGCCAAUGGGGAAGACAGAGUAAUUCACUAAGGAAUCUUUAAGUUACAACAAGAUACACUUGCAUGUUCCAGUGCACAGUUUUAACUUUGAGCCAAGGAACUUGAACCAGUGUUAAACCUCUUCUACCUCCAUGGUUAAACCAGUAGCAUGUACCAGUAUCCAACCUAGUAGCAUGAAACUGUGUCCAACCUAGUAACAUGUAUCAGAGUCCAACCAGGUAAUGUGAACCAGAGUACAACUUAGCAACAUGAACCAGAAUACAACUUAGUAAUAUGAACCGGAAUACAACUUACUUUAAGUUAGUAACAUGAACCACUGCCCCUACGGACCCUACGGGCUUAAAAAGGACUACGGGACUACCUUUUCCGUUACCUUUAACAUGAACCAGAAUACAACUUAGUAAUAUGAACCAGAAUACAACUUAGUAACAUGUACCAGUGCCCAACAAAGUAACAUGUACCAACCAGUGUCCAACCUAGUAACAUGUACCAGUGCCCAACCUAGUAUCAUGUACCAACCAGUGCCCAACCCAGUAACAUGUACCAGUGUCCAAGCUAGUAACAUGUACCAGUGUCCAAGCUAGUGACAUGUACCAGUGUCCAAGCUAGUAACAUGUACAAGUGUCCAAGCUAGUAACAUGUACCAGUGUCCAAGCUAGUAACAUGUACCAGUGUCCAAGCUAGUAACAUGUACCAGUGUCCAAGCUAGUAACAUGUACCAGUGUCCAAAUAACCUAUACCAGUUCCCAAGCUAGAGCCCAACCUAGUAACAUCUACAAGUGCACAACCUAGUAAGUGCAAAACAUAGUAACAU